GUGCAUGGGAAAUUGAAAGAAGAAAACUUUGUUACCGUUUUCCAGUACUGGACAAGAAAGGUAUCAGUAUAGUGUACAGUAUACCAAGAGCUUGUCUUAACCGUUUAGGCGUAAGACUGCAUCCAUAGGUUUUAAAUUAUUCCUACAAUAAUAUAUUAAUAACUUACUGACCGAGAGUGAGGGCAGUAUGGGAAAAUAUCCAACCGAGGUCUUGCUGUAUUGACCGAGCGAUAGCGAGGUCAAUACAGCAAGACUGCGAGGUUGGAUAAUUCCCCGUACUGCCCGAACGGUUGAGGUUAGUAAGUUUUUUAUUAUAUGGCAUUGUACGUUUGUAAAAAAUAGAAGAAAAGGUCACGCGAGGGCAAAGUACAAAGUCCGAAACAGUUUGCAAAAAAAAAAACAAUUGUAAAAAAUGUUCUUUGGUUAGUAAAACUGCUGUACAGUACUUUUUAUAUAGAAUACUAACACAGUUUGGAUAGUAUUUCAAGAAAAAUACGAGGUAUUUCGUCAUUUAAUCAAAGACAACAAAUAUGAAAACAAUAUUCAAGAAAAUUACAAAAACAAGUACGUUUUUAGUUCGCUUCAUCUCAUAUUUAUGUCUCUUUUUAUCUAACAAAAACAGAAAUUUUCAGGGAAAAAUUAUAAAUCUGUGGCUGUUUUAGUUGUAUUUUUUAUUUAGGAUGAUGUCAAAUUCCUCCUGGCUAUCUGCAAAUAGAAUUUGCAGCUUUUCGCAUUGGCAAAACACAACUAUUCCUGACUGCUUUUAUAGUUAUAAACAUUGUAAAAUUUACCUUCAACUUGUAAUUUUGACUUUCGCUAACAAAAACGUAUGGAGAAAGUUCUUUAACCACAGCAGUUGCUCCUCUUUUUAUUUUAGGUUUAUUUUUCUUCGUUUUGAAUAGUUCUGAAAGACUUUUAGACACUUUUUGCUGUUUGAAACAAUAAUGAAACUCGGCUCUCGUCGCAGGGCAAUAAAAAUUACGUAUUGCCCGUGGGCAAUACGGGAAAAUCCUGCCUCGUCAGCAGCCAAUUGGCAUGAGAUGCUUAGCUUUACACAACGAGGCUUGUCAACGAGAACUUGUCGUUUUUAGUCGUACACAUGCACGAGCGAAUAAAAUUUAUCAUGAUUUAACUUUUUUCAAGAGUGAAAACUACUCGCGUGUUUACGAUUUUUGCCCUGUUAUUGAUCGGCGAUCGCGCACGUUAUUUCCAGUCCUGGAACCCAUUAGUGAUAUCAUACUUUGAUAUUCCAUAGUGCGUCUCAACGCUUAAGGCUCUGAUUAUUGUGGACGUACAAAACGACUUUAUCAGUGGGUCGCUCAGACUGGAUCGUUGUCCCGCUAAGGAAGAUGCAGAAGAGGUCGUUCCUGUCAUUAACCAAUUAAUUCAAGAUGGCUCAUUUGGUGUACUGGCAUACACACACGACUGGCAUCCGGCGGAUCACUGCUCGUAUCUCUCAAACAUUAAACAUCACUUAACAUCCGUGUAUUCAUCAGUGAAUAUUGAAGAACUGAACGUGUUUGAUAUAGUUACCUUAACCAAGCCUUUUGAAUUGAAACAAGUGAUGUGGCCAGAUCAUUGUUUGCAAAAUAGCUGGGGAGCUGAGUUGCAUAAAGAUUUGAGGGCAAGUUUAUUAUUUUGCAGUUUAUUGUAUGGGCUGUAUAUACGUAUCUUAUGCGAGCCUUUCUCACGAAGGCCAAAUUCGCCAUUUUGAGGGUACUUUUUUUAAAACGACGUGAAAAAUCUAAGCGAUGUGAAAACAUUUUUUCAAAAUUUAACUGUAAAUUAACUUAUGAUGAUCAUACUCACAAUUAUAGUUAUACAAAUCCCGUAUUCACUUGCGUAUACAAUCUCAGAUUUGGAAAAGGCAGUACCCCAAAAAUGGGGGCGUGAGAAAGGCUAAAUUAGUAAGUGUGAGUAUAAUCAUCAUAAUUUAUUCUUAUACUAGAAAUACAUGCAUGAUGCAACAACCCCUCACCUAUAUUUUCCUAACGAUCAUUUUUAAUUUUUUUAUUUCUUUUGUACAAUAUGGCAAAAACCUGAAAGAUUAGUACUUUAACUGUGUCUAUACAAGAAUCAAUUUCCGAAAUAUAUACCAUUAGAAACCAUUACCACUAUGCCUGGGAAGAUUUUUUCCUUAAUUUUUUUUCUGGGAAUAAAUUUUUGGUUUUGUCUCCCCCAACCCCUUCCCCAUCACUUUUCUAAUGGUCCGUCCCUAAGUAUGUUAUUUUGCAUUUUGUGUGCUUUAUUUAAUGAAAAAUUUAAUCUGAAACGCUUCGUAUAGAAUGUUUAGAAAUGUCAUUCAACUAAACUGCUUUUAUUCACCUGAGUACAUUACACCAACACAGCAAAUAUCAAAACUUUUUUUCUUAAUAAAACAAAAUUAGUUCAAAAUUCAAAUUAUUGAAUAAUUUCAGUUCGGUAUUGAAAUUAAUUUGCUUCUUAAACUAAACGGGCAAUUUACGAAACUUACAGCUACUGUACAUUGAAAAGGAAAGCAGUGCAUGUUUAAAGCAACAAAAUUCACAAACAUUAAAAAUAAAUAUUCAAAGCAAACUUUCCCUAUAUUUUACGAUUCCCCACAGUAUAUCAUUCUCAUUUCUUCAAAGCGAAAUUGCUUCAAAGCUCAUUGUAUGAAACGAUUUUCUAAAUACAUGUUUUUGAAAAUUAAAAUUUUUCUUAUCCCACUCCUGGCAAACAGCCAUAUUUUUGAGAUCAGUGAGGAGGUCCACCCAUACACCAUGACACCAUGCACUUUAUAGACUUCGCUGCCUAAUGCUUUCCUUUCCCCGGGUGUAAAUAGGCGAGCUGAAUCAGUACCCUCAACCCGGGCUUACCGUUGGAAAAUUCAACGCGACGUUUGAGAAGUUAAAUCAUAUAUACCGUCGAAAGUCGGAUAUUAUUAAUAGCGAUUUUGAAACACCCCAAAGUAAUUAAUUGUCAAUCAUACAUUCAAAUAUAGAAACCUGACGUUGAUAACGAUAUCGUGGUGUAUAAAGGACAGUCCUCAGAUGUCGACAGUUAUUCAGCAUUCUUUGACAAUGGCAAAUGUCAUCAAACAGAUCUCUUUCUCAAGUUGUUGAAACGGGGCGUUACUGAUGCGUACAUGGUUGGUUUAGCGUUUGAUGUUUGCGUAGCUUAUUCUGCAAUUGACGCAGCUCAUCUUGGCUUUAACACUGUUGUUAUCGAAGAUGCUUGCCGAGGAGUUGCUUUGAAAUCGAAAGAGGAGAUGAAAAGGAAAUUUGCUGAGCUUGACAUUGAACUUUCGCAGAUUUCAGAUAUCAUUAAGAGUUAA